GACCUCAGCCUGCUGUGCCCACCCACCUAACUGACCCUGAGAGCGUGCUCAGGUUCGGAAAGGCACGUCUGUGGGUGUGAGAGACCGAGCCACAGCAUAAGGUGACUAGGAGGAAGCUAGGAUUUUCAGGGUCUUAAUUCAUAAGGAGUCUGUGCUAAAAGGAGAGUGGAGGGACCAGUCCUUGCACAGCUACUGGUAGCCUGUUCACAUGAACCCUUGCAUUAUGGAAAGCAAGUCCCAGGAAAAUCCAGGCUGGAGACAAGAGUAGGAAUGAUCCAGAGUUACUACAGGUUGGAGGGACUCCAUGACACACACUCGGAGGAAGUCCCUUCCCAUGCUGAGUUCUGGCCCCACUGGCCGUCAGGAGCCCCUGCAGAUGGAAGAUAGCAAUAUGGAGCAGGGCGCUGAGGAUGUGGAGCCAAGCAUGCCAGAGAGCCCUGGGCACCUCACAGGGCGCCGCAAAAACUACCCAUUACGUAAGCGCUCACUGGUUCCAGAGAAGCCCAAAGCCUGCAAAGUGCUGCUGACUCGCCUGGAAAAUGUGGCUGGUCCACGAAGUGCAGAUGAAGCUGAUGAACUGCCCCCUGACCUGCCCAAGCCUCCUAGCCCCACCCCAUCCAGUGAGGACACUGGUCUUGUGCAACCCCGCAAGCGGCGCCUGGCCUCCCUCAAUGCAGAGGCUCUCAAUAACCUGCUGCUGGAACGGGAGGACACCAGCAGCCUGACAGGCACCCGGCGAAGCCGAGGGGGAGACCCCCACCGGAGCCGGGACCGCACCACUGGGGGCUGGUCCUCCUCCAAAAAGCGACCUCGGCUGGGAGACCUCGGAGAAGGAAGUCGGGACCUGUCCCCGGAGCCAACCCCAGAUGAGGGUGCCCGCCGAGAUGGAGAUCUAGCUCCCAAGAGACUGGCUAGCCUGAACGCAGCUGCCUUCUUGAAACUCAGCCAGGAGCGGGAGCUACCUCUUCGACCUUCUCGUGCCCAGGCAGAAGCAGAUGGGCGUUCCACUGAGUCCCUGGCACCCAAGAUCCUGCGGCCAAAGUGGGCCAAGGUUAAUGGAAAGAACUGUCCCAAGGCCCGGCAGGGGGCUGGCUCUGGGGAGGCUGCAGGGCCCCCUAGCUGGCAAGAGCAACUUGAUGAGCCUUGGCCAUCUGCUACUCCUGGUGGGCCAUCCGUCAAACCACCUUACCAGCCACCAGUCAAAGCUCUAAAGAACCCCUUAGGGCUUCGCCCUCAUCUGCCUGUGCUGAUGGGUGGGCAAGCAGCCCUGAAGCCAGAGCCUGGGCGUCCAGGUGAGGAGUCACCUGCCCCCAAGCAGGAACUGCAUCAGCCCUCUUUCCCUGCACCUCAGCUGUCCCCCCUGCCGAUGCCUGGCAACCCUGCCGACUAUAGUGGCCUGUGUGGAGGGCCUGAGCUCACUGCACUAGGCAGCUUCUACCUGUACUGUGGCCAAGAUGGACUGCAGUGUGGAGGCUACUCUCCUUGUCCCAUGCUUCCAGAGGGCAAGUUGUCUCCAAUGGCAUCCCCUAACGAGGGGCUCCUUAUGGCCCCAAGCUCAGUGCCCUCAGGCAUCCCUUUCCAGCAUCCUCCUUGGAGCUCAUCUCGCUACUGCUCUAGUGAGGACACUGGAGUGAACAGCUACAGCUUCUGUGGAGUAUUGCCUUUGUCUCUGACCCACAUUGGCACUACCUGUGGCGGCUGCCCCUACAAAAUGCCUUUUGCAGCAGAAGGCUGCAGAUCCCUGGGCCAGCUGGAAUUUCCUCUCCCAGAAGCUGGCCACCCAGCCUCGCCUGCCCACCCCCUCUUGGGAUGCCCUGUGCCCAGUGUGCCACCUGCAGCAGAGCCCAUCCCCCAUCUUCAAACACCCACCUCAGAGCCCCAGACAGUAGCCCGGGCAUGCCCUCAGAGUGCCAAGCCUCCUAGUGGUUCCAAGUCGGGUCUGCGCACAGGCUCCAGCUGCAGGCACACUGUGAGAAGCAAGGCUGCCCGAAGACCCAGCCACCCCAAGCAGACACGUGCCCAGCGCCCACGCCCUCGUCGGCGACGUCGCCGCCGCACUAACGGCUGGGUGCCUGUAGGUGCUGCCUGUGAGAAGGCAGUGUAUGUCUUGGAUGAACCAGAACCUGCUAUCCGAAAGAGCUACCAAGCAGUUGAGCGACAUGGAGAGACAAUCCGAGUCCGUGACACUGUCCUCCUUAAGUCGGGCCCAAGAAAGACGUCCACACCUUAUGUGGCUAAGAUCUCUGCCCUCUGGGAGAACCCUGAGUCAGGAGAACUGAUGAUGAGCCUCCUGUGGUAUUACAGGCCUGAGCACUUACAGGGAGGCCGUAGUCCCAGCAUGCAUGAGCCUUUGCAGAAUGAAGUUUUUGCAUCACGACAUCAGGACCAGAAUAGCGUGGCGUGCAUCGAAGAGAAAUGCUAUGUGCUGACCUUUGCAGAGUACUGCAGAUUCUGUGCCAUGGCCAAGCGCCGAGGUGAGGGCCUUCCUAGCCGAAAGACAGCACUGGUGCCCCCAUCUGCAGACUACUCCACCCCACCACACCGCACAGUGCCGGAGGACACGGACCCUGAGCUGGUGUUCCUUUGCCGCCAUGUCUAUGACUUCCGCCAUGGCCGCAUCCUCAAGAACCCCCAGUAGCUCCUCAUGCUCACACUGGGGCUAACUUUGGGCAAGUGGGGCCCAGGGCAGAGGCACUGCUUGAAGCACAGCACUUGGUUAAGGGACCACAGGUUGCUGGCCUGUGGUUCUCUUGGGGGGGGAGGGAGGGCAGGGGUCCCUAUAGGUUCUGGGCCCUGUGGGAGGAAGGAAGGCCAGGAUAUAAGAAUGGCAUCAGAGCCCUCAGCUUGGCCUGGGUUACCCAUCUGUGGACCCCUGGGUGGAGACUCCCGAAGAAUCAGUCUUCCCUGAAGUUGGACCAAGCCUGAGGGACAUGGGCCAAGGAAGGACAGGGUCAAAGUGGAGGGGUAAGGUCCUUCCAGAACCAGCCCACCCGGCCCUUUUCUAGCCUCCCCCAGGCCUUCCAAGGGGAACAGGAGCCAGCUUUACCUCACCCACUGUGACCUGCUGCUUCCCUAUCAGCCUGGGACCAGGCUCUCCAGAUUCUAGCACAGCUCUGGCUUGUUCCAGUGAGGCAAGAGAGCCCAACUCUGGCUUCCAGAGCAUUGACUCCCUCUUCCUGGACUCAAGGCUUUUCCCUGGCUUUCCUCCUUUACCCCUGCAUAGCCACUGGUGCUGGCACAAGUUGACCUGGCCCUCACAGUCAGAGUUGUGGCCCACCUGUGGGAGUCAGCCUCCUGUCAGCUUCCCAUUGAGAGCCACCCAGCAGGUCUGGAUUCCCAGAAUAUUGGUCAACAUGGGGUUUGUCAUGUCUGGGAGAGCAGAUGAGUGCUGGGAGAGGGUGGGGGGCAGGGGGCAAGGAAAAUUGCUACCUGAUUUGUUGAAGAUUUUUCCUCUUGCCUUAUACUUGGAGGUUCUGGGAAACCUCUUGCAGAACUUCACACAUGACUCUUCAAGCCACACCCACCUGAAAUCAAACCAAAGGAGUGCUGUGGCUCCCCCUGCCCUGCCACCCCUUACCCUAGUCUUUUGUAGAUUGCACUAAUUUUCAUCCCAGCGAGAAUCAACACUGUAUCAGUCCACUGACCUGCUGAGCUGCAGCCACUCACUCCAGGAGCUAAGGACCUGCAUUUUUAGUUUGUUCCUGUUGCCCAGAGACUGUUCUCACCUCAUGCUCCCCGCCAGAGUAGAUUGAUCAGGACACUCAGCCCCCUGUCGUCCUUGCUUGGACUGGACCUGGGCUCUCUGAGGGUUUGGAGGCCUGGUUAUUUCCUGUUUGUACCAAAGAGGAGCAUGGGGGUGGGGGAGGAUACUAUGUGGUUUGGGGCUGGUGCUGGGAGCCUGCUAGCUGAGCACUAACACAAGGGCAUGUCCCCAGGGCAUGUGCUAUGGAAAGCAGCUGGGUCCUCCCCUAGAGUGAAGAGAUACAGGUUCAGCGGUCUGAGGAGGUAGGGGUAAGGACAGUUUGGCACAGGCUACAAUGGGAGGUGAUAGUGAAUUUUGAGGAUACCGCCUUGGCAACCCCAAGUCUGGGUCUUCAUCCUUAGAUGAUAGAUUGCUUCUGAUUGGUCAGGGCUGGAGGCCUCAACGAUGAUUUGUGUUUUAGAAGCCAGGUCCCAAACCUUAAGAGACUUGGAUCUUCUUGAAUUGAAUAAGCUCUUUGGAAGAAGGCAUCAGUCUGGGAAGGUGAGGUAGUGAGAGGUUGGUGGAGUGGCACUGGCCCCCUUUGGAGCCUGCUCAUUGUAGGGUGGUGCCAAGGAGCCCAGACUCACCUACAGAAGAGGAGAUAAGGCCCUCCUCCCAGGAGGCUUGGAACUGCUGCCCAGAUCUUAAAUGCUUUUGAAAUCUCUUAGAUGUGGAAAUAUUUUUUCGAACAUGAAAAUGCAGCUGGUAGAAUUUCAAUGGAAGCAUAAUCCAUGUAAAAUAUAUUUUAGUUGAUAUUUUGUAAAAUGCACUUUUUGUGUGUGUCGAUCCUGGUUUCCCAGAUCUGUAUUUCAGUGUUUACAAGGGAGGGGGUACCUUUACUCACUUCCCUUUUGACAGAGAUUAGAAGUACUUCUUUAAGAAAAAAUAAAUAAAUUUGAGAAAUUGUAUUGAUUUAGAAAAGGAA